AGCCUGACAUCGGCGACCUCUGGUCGGUCAUGAACAUCUAUGCCUGCAACUUCUGGUUCCUGGGAUUGGACCAGGCCACCGAGGUCACCGAGAGCUUCAGGGAGCAGGACGGACGCAAUGACGGCGAGAGCUUCACCACGGACAUCAAGGUGGUCCAGGUGACUCUGGAGUCAGGUUUGGGCCACAGGACAGUUCCUCUGCUGCUGGCCGAGUCUUCGUUCAGCGGCUCGGCUAAGAACUGGUCGUCUCUGCUGCAGCUGAACGCCGACAUGACGCCGGAGGUGAACUACUUCAAUGAGAGCCACGCUGUGUGGGAGCCGCUCCUCGAGAGGGUGGACAGCAGAACACGCAGGUGGAACCUCAAACUGGAGAUGAAGAACAACCCGGUCCAGGACAAGAGUCCGGUUCCUGGAGACGACUUCAUUGUUCUCCCUGAACCUCGCACGGCCGUCAACAUCUGUUCCAAAGACACCAUGAACAUCACCGUGUCCCAGUGCAGCCUGAACGUCUUCGCCAACCUUGCCAAGGCGUUCUCCGAGGGCACGGCCUCCACCUUCGACUACUCGCUGAAGGAGAAGGCGCCCUUCACCGUCCGGAACGCUCUGGGAAUCCCGCUGCUGGUGCAGCACAGCGCCAACCUGCGGCUCGUGGGCUCCUCGGCGCAGGGGAAGCUGCAUGAGGUGGCGGUGGACCAGAGCGUGGACCUGGAGCACUCCGUGUUCGAACCCUCGUCCAGAGGCAAACUGUCGGCCCUGCAGCGCCAGGAGAGCUGCCUGUUCAACCUCAGCAUCGUGCCCUCGGGCUACAGCGAGAUCUCCAACAUCGCUGUGGACAAGCCGGGCCGUCGGCUCUACAACAUCCGAGGUCCGAUGCUGCAGGAGGCGGUGUCAGUUCUGCUGCAGAUCGACGCUGCCGAGGGCAACAAGGUCAUCACCGUCCGCUCGCCGCUGCAGAUAAAGAACCAUUUCUCUGUGCCGUUCUCCGUCCUGAAGUUCUGCCCGGCGUCCCGCAGCCUGCAGCCGCUUGGAGUCGCCGAGCCCCACAGGGAGUUCCACGUUGCCUUGGAAACGUACAGGUGCCAGCUGUUCGUGCAGCCGGCGGGGCGUCUGCAGGCUCAGUACGCCGCCUCCUCCACCUGCGUGGCGUGGAAGGAGCAGGUGCACCACAGCUCCGAGGUGCGCGAGGUGAACUUCAGCAAGGUGCCCAUGAUGAUGCGUCAGCCGUAUUCCUGUCCGGUGAGGAGGAACUUCCUGUCUGGGAUCCAGGUGGAGUUCAAACAGUCGCCGCACCAGAGGAGCCUGAGGGCCCAGCUGCACUGGCUGCAGACAGCAGGACAGCAGCGAGUGGGCGGGGCCUUGUGA